AUGGCUAUGAUAAAUGGCGCACUGAUCAACUGCUGCAGUGAUAAUCUACCAGAGGAGUUGAGAAAAAUAGAUUUAAAUGAUUUAUACAAGUGUGCAGUGAAUUUUUACAAAGAAAAGCAAGGAUCGAAAGCCUUGAUACUAUCUUACAGAGAAAGAUUGAAGUUGUUAGCUCUGACUAAGCAAGUGAAAUAUGGACCUUUGAAACAGAGUAAUGACGUUGGGUUUCUGGAUUUCAUUGGGAAUGAUCGAAAGCAAGCCUGGAGGUCUUUGGGAGAUCUAACAAAAGAUGGCGCUAUGACAGCAUUUGUUGAAACUCUGAUAAGCAUUUGUCCGCAGCUUCUACCAUUCAUCAAAGCCAACAAUUUGAAUUUGGCUGAUGCUAAUUAUGAUGAAAUAAUAGUUAAUACAGCAACCACUACAGCUACUACAGCUGCUAAUACAGCUACUAUCACAGCUUCAAGUACAGCAGCUACUAAAAUCACUUCAAAUUCUUUUGGGAAUAUGUUAAAUUUAGACAGCAACAGAAAUUCAUCAUUGUUGUCAUCUCCUUUAUCACAGACUGGUGCUGCUGCGACUGCUGUUGCAACUGCUGCUGCAACUGCUGCUUCUAAAGAAAAUAUGUAUGAUCCAUUGAUUGGAGAAGAGAUCAAAGAGAAUUUUAUGAGACAAAUGAAACCAAUGCUGCUGAAGCUUGUGAUGUUGCGAUAUCCUGACGAUAUUUAUAAGCAACAAAAAGCUCUGAGAAAAUUAGAAGCUAAGCAGCUGAGACAGCUGUUUAAGAAAUGUCAAUCGAUGACGUCACCGACGACUCCAAUCAACAACGACUGCAGCAAGACAACUACAAUAAAAUCUAACGAAAGAAAAUUUGAAGAUGAGGACGAUGACGAAGACGACGACGAAGACGAUGCAUACAUCAAAGAAUUCAAAGAGAUGCUACGAGACGAUCUGGAUUCGGUACUAGAAGUCGGGUCUGGAGAGAUCGUCACUGUCCGGGUGCCCACCCACGAUGGCGGGUCCUGUUUGUUUUGGGAGUUCGCCACGGACUACUACGACAUCGGGUUCGCCGUCUACUUCGAAUGGUACAUCCACGGUGGCGAUGAUGAUGAUGAUGAGGACAACGAUGAUGAUGAUGAUUGUGAAGACGAUGAUUGUAACUGCGAGGACAACGGCGGUGAAGACAGCAACGAGGAUUAUAUCGAUUUAGGGGACCACAACGCCAUGCCCUUACACAGCGCUACAAGCGACCAGACCAGCACAUCUCUACUGGCCGACAAGAAAGAGGCCCCAACCGAGGAGGUCAUCCAGUUAGGCAGACUGGACUCCCACCAGUUAGUGCAAUGUGGCAGCCACACCUAUCCAGGCCCAGGAGUUUACCUCUUCAAAUUCGACAACUCCUAUUCCCUCUGGAGGUCUAAGAAAGUUUAUUAUAGAGUUUUUUAUACUCAGUGA